ACACAUUACGGAGCGAAAACCAUAACACCUGCCUUUGGAAAUCAGUUUAAACUGGGCUUUAUUGUGACAAUGGAAGAGGGGUCACAGCUUUCUGCCACAACAUCCCGGAUCAUUCCUCUCGCUUUGCCUAAAGGAACAGAAAAGGUGUGUGAACUUUGUCAGAGAAGAGCGAAGCUGCUGUGCAACAAGUGUCGGGUCACGUUUUACUGCGAUGCUGAGCACCAGCAGGCCGACUGGGCCGGGAUCCAUGGGAGAAUCUGUCAGUUGCUUAUUCCCAUUCGUACCACAACACUCUACAGUCUUCAGGGGGCCGAACACUUUGAAAUGCAGCUCAAAAAGACAGAGCUAAUUGAGAUUUGCAGGUUGGAGGCUCAGAGGAAACUCUCUGAGAGGAAGCACUACGAGGCUCUGCCUGCUGCUCAGUUUUGCCUGCGCUGUUCUAUUGACAUCCACGGCCACUGCACUGUCCAAGCGGUUCCUGCCUACCUGCUGCUGGCAGAGGCAAACAUGGGUUUGGGUAAUCUAGGCCUGGUGGCAGAGCUCCUGUCCCAGGUGGAGUGGGUGGUGUUGAAGAGCCCAGACUGUGGUCACACACUCCGCCGGCAGCUGCACAGGAGCCUCGGUCUCCUCCACACAGUGACUGGAAACCUGGAAGCUGCUCUAUUUAACUUUGCAAAUUAUAUAUACUUUGCCAGUGAGGAGUAUGGUCCGGAGAGCGCAGUCACCUGUCAAGGCUACUUUCUCAUGGCUGACGUCUUUGCCAAACAGGGGAAGAUGACCAUUACUCGCUCUCUGUAUUCUACGGUCAUACAAACUUGGCACGUCCAUCUGUCCAAACUUGUCCAGGCCCAUGUCCAAAAUGUCCAAACUCCUUGCAUGCUGCUGGAGCACUCAUAUGACAAAAGCCAACAUGCUGAAGUGGAUGAGAUGUUAAGAACGAUCCUGGAGUUUGAAGAGAAAAACUCCACUCAAGACUCUGGUCAGAUUGCUGUGGUGACCCACUGUCGGGCCAUGUUGUGGUUUUUGAGAGGCGAUAACUUUAAGGCAGCAGGAUUUGGCAGCACAGCUCUGCAGACCAGCCAGCUGAUACCAAAUCACGACCUGACAGAGUGCAUCCAGAGCCUGCUGCAGCUGGUGAGCAGUCUGCAGACGGAUCCACAUCCCAAAUCUGGAUAAUCACUGGAUCUUCCUCAUGUCUCUACGCCAUCAAAACAACUGUGGAGAGGCACUAAACUGCUGAACUAAUCAGAAAUGAGAGGUUAAUGCGGACAGUGAUGUCAUUUAGGGUUUAUCCAGAUGUUGUGGUGUGGUACUGUAAACGGAUGAUGAGACAUUUUUAAUCAUACUGUAUGAAAACUAUUUCAGAAUCUCGAGAUAAAAGCAGUAAGAGGAGGAACAGACAGGUUUUCAUUGCUUUUGAAUGACUCAUCUUUAUUUUAAUCUAAAAAAAAGAGGGAUAUAUAUAUUUACAACAUCUUGCACAUCUGUUAAUGACACAAAUUUUGGAUCCUUUUUGUAAGAAUGUCAGAAUGAUGCAGAGAAUAAUGGAAUAAGAGUGAAACCCAUUUGCUGAGAACCUUUUUUAAACAAUGUUUUUGCUCAUCUUGGCAGUUCAGAA